AUGAGUCGAGCCUGGGCCUUGUUUAAGGCCCACCCCUACAUCAGCAACGUGGUCGGAUACACAACCCUGUUCGCAUCCGCGGACCUCAUACAGCAAAGCAUGCUUGGAGGGAAACAGAGUGGUGGAUUAAACACAGACAAGGGAACACUCACCAUCCAUGACUUAGAGGGGGCCAAGCUUAACAUGGAGGGAACCAAUAAUUCCACUGGUACUAAAAGUGUCACAACAUGGGCUGAUAUUGACUGGUCCCAGACCGCUCGAGUGGCCUUUGUUGGGUUCUGUUUCCAUGCCAAUUUCAACUACCAUUGGCUAAAGGGGCUGGAGAGGAUGUUGCCAGGGGGAGGGGCCAAAAGGGUGUCGGGGAAGGUAGUGCUGGAUCAACUGGUUGCUGCCCCCGCUACUAUCAGUGCCUUCUUCAUAGGUCUUAGUGUAUUAGAAAACAAAGAGGACCCAUUGGAAAACUGGAGGGAGAAAUUCUGGACUUCAUACAAGACUGGAGUGGUCUACUGGUCAACAAUGCAGGCGUUGAAUUUCUCCCUGGUUCCCCCAGUUGCUCGUACAGUGUUUGUGGGUGGCAUCACGCUGGUGUGGACAGUAUUCCUGUGCCAUUUCAGACAGCAGAAAGAUGAUACACAAACCAAACCCCCCUCUCACUGA